CAGAUGUUAGUGAUAUGAUAUUCCUGUUGGAAACUAACUACUCUGGUGAGAGUGCCUUGUGUUUGACAAAGCUGUCAAUUUCGCCUACAACUAUGGAGAAGCAAAGACGCGGUUAUUUCUCCUUGAACCAGGCUGUUGAAUGCUGUUAUCUACAGACAGGUAUGUCUCGCACUGUUUCAACAUGAUGACUUAUUUUUCGUCUCCGAUAUUUAAUGAGGAGAUCUGUGUCUGAAUUUUGAAUAUAUAUGCAGCGUUAAUGUAUUCUAACGAAGAGGGAUUUCCUUUUCAGGUUGUUCUUUUGGUGGAAAAU